UGUUCAAAUGGAACUUCUAGACUGCAUGAGGGAAAUUGUUGCUUUUUUAUUUUUAAUCCAGUGGACAACUUCAGACAGCAGUUCUCUCGGUAUAGUUGCCACAUGUAACAAAGAUGAGGAUGAAAUACCCAACGAAUGGUUUGAAAACCAUAAAUCUAACCCUUCACCCUUACAUGAGCUGACUGCGGAGCUGAGUGAAUCUCAAACCUCUCUCAUUAUAAGAUGGUCCAUUAAUAUUGAUAGCAGCAUUCACAGUCUUAUUGGCACAUGGAUAACACUUUCUAGAGAGUCUGACUCACAUUACAGAUGUCAGUACCAGCCUCCAUUUACCUCCGAGCGAAUCAACCUCACUGGUCAAGAACAGUUAUGGUUCAGUUUCACUGUGCCAAAUGUAUCUGUUUGUCCUUCAACCAGUUAUUACAUAUCUGCCUAUAAUAUUCCAACACCGUCUGAUGGAGCGAAUGAAGAAUAUGAAAAGAUGACCCAAACAGCUGAAGUUCAGUGGAAUGCUGACAUUUAUUCAGUGCUUCAUGGAGAUAAAAUAGUGGUGAGCUUCAAUACGAGCCUCGUGGCGGACAGACACACCAUCGUACUGACAAACAGCACACAUCCACUGCUAAAACCUGUUGGAGGGAAAGGGGAAUGCAAAAUAGAAAAAUGUGAAGUGGAACUAGAAUACAUGGAAUACAUGGGUCCCUGUGAAGACCUUGAGAUAAGGAUAAAGCCUCACUUUAAAGACUGUCCGAAAGCAAGAGAAUCGGAGGCUCAAAAAGUGAACUGUCCGAACAGAUCUGCUUUGGACAUUGGUGUUGGAUGUGUGCUGGUGCUUCUCUUCCUGCUUCUCUGUUGCUGCAUCACGUGUCAAAGCUUCCGCUGGGUUCGUGGAUCGAGGCGCGCUGCGUCCGUGCGCGUGCUGCUCGUGUACCCUGCAGUAGACAGUGUGUUUCAGCGCUCUGUGAUGCUCCUGGCUGACAGUCUGCAGAGUCGUGGUGGAGUAUGCGUCGUCAUCGACAUGUGGGAGAGAGGAAGUCUAGCAGAACAAGGGCCGCUCCGCUGGCUCAACACACAGGCCGACCUCUCCGAGAGAGUGCUCCUCAUCUCAGCACCUCAACGCUCACACACCGACGACCUUAAAUCCAAACUAGUUCCUGGCAUGCCAGAUGACACAGUUUCAGCUUCUGCCAGCAAUCUUUUUGCCCUGGCCCUCAACCUCGUUACCAGUGCUGCCCAUGACCCACACGGCCGGGACAAGUUCUGGGUCAUCAACCUGGAGCAUGAUGAGAAGAGCGUGCAGACCGAGCUCAGAGGCUGCAGGACGUUCGUUCUGCCGAGAGACUUGAAGAAGCUCCAUCGGCAGCUGUUGAGUGGAGCGGUCCAGAGCCCAGCGCUGCCGGGGUGCUUCUACUGCAAAAACACCCUGGAGCAGCUGGAAGAAAAUACAGACUUCCCGUCUUGUGCAAAGUCUGUCAGCCUGGCUCAAUCCUACAAACAGGGCAAAAAUCCUUAUCUCUCGUCCUAUUAAGUGACUUUGUGUUUAUUUUCCAUUGCGUUUAUCCUAAAAGAUAUGGAGCCAGACCUGCUCCUGAGGCGUUCUCCUUCCUUCAGGCUUCAGUUCCAACUCUUGCUUCAACACACCUGCCUGUUAUUUUCAGGGGGGGGGAUCAUGAAAUCUGCCCUUAUCUGUACUCUGAGCUGGUUUGCAGUGACCUUGUUUAGUGUGAUGCGUGGACUCUGACCACUUCAACAUUCAUAUGAUCUCCUGCACAUGUAGUGAUA